UAAAUGAAAAUAUUCUUUCUACAUGGUAUCAGAGCCUAAUAAACCCUAACCCUAAAAACUCUUCUCCUUCCUGCGCCGGCCUCCCUCUCGGCUCCCUCUCCCUCAGCCGCCGAUCUCUCUCUCUCUCGGCCACCUCCUGCCGCUGGCAUCCUCCCCCAAAAUCACCAUGACGGACAGCGAAGUUACGUCCCCAAACACCACCUCUAAAUCCCCGCAUCUUGCCUUCACCACCAUCUCUAAUGUCAAACUCCAUGUCCCCAUUCAACUAAGCUUUUCUCAACCCAAUUAUAAAAAGUGGAGCCGAUUGUUUCUUCUUCUCGUUCGGCGCUUCAAUCUCCAUGGUUACAUCUAUGGAUCCGUCGUCCCUACCUCCGACGACGACGAUGAAUGGUUCCAACUGGAUGCUCUUCUUCAAGGCUGGAUUCUCUCCACAAUCACCGAUGAGGUUUUGGACCUUGUCAUCUCUUCCACCACCUCUGCAGCCUCUCUCUGGAAGGUGAUUCAUGAUCUCUUUCACGACAAUAAACAUGCUCGUGCCAUGCAACUCGAGCACCAAUUCCGUACUACCGUCAAAGGGAACACCCCCAUGGCUACUUAUUGUCAAAAUCUCUUCAACAUCGCCGAUUGGUUAGACGAUGUUGAUGCGCCGGUAUCGCAAAAUCAACUUGUCCUUCAGAUGCUACGCGGACUGCCGGAGGAUCUUCAGGCUCAAACUUCGUUCCUCCAGUUUCAAGAUCCGCUGCCUACGUUCCUUCAAGCCCGAUCGGCUCUCCUUUUGUUGGAACGGCAACGCUCACCGCUGGACAACCACGGCACUACGGCCCUCGUUGCACGAUCGGGCGGUUCUUCCCACCCUGGGGGUUACGGUAGCAACUCCAUGCCGCAGGGCAGUGGCUACACCGGCGGGCAGCAGGGCGGUUUUGGCAGUGGCUACGGCGACGGCUCCUCAGGACAGCGCAUCGGCUAUGGGCGAGAGUCCAUCCAUUGCAGAACUUCCAUGCAUAAUAAGCUUCGCCCUAAACGCUCUAAGCUUCAGCUUCACCGCCUUACGUGGAUGACGAGGAAGAGGAGAGACGAGGAGAACGCGGAAAUGGAGAGGAAGAACAUGAAGCUGUACAUGGAGAACAUGAGAAUGGUGGAAGAGAAUGAGAGGUUGAGGAAGAAGGCCAUUUUGCUCCAUCAAGAGAAUCAAGCUUUAAUCUCUCUUUUUCAAAACACUACUCAUGUAGUCCCAGACCAUUCAUAGAUUCAAAAGCAAAUUUAAUUUGUUCGGAUGGAAUUAUGUAUACUAAUUAUAGAAUAAAAUUAGUAUAUUGAU